AUGAUGGCCAAGAAACUCGUCACGGUUGUCGGCGCCACUGGCGCGCAGGGGGGCUCAGUUGUUGAUUACCUGCUCAAGAACAAGUCCCAAGAAUAUGCCAUCCGCGCAAUAACUCGGUCUACGGAGAGCGCAACAGCAAAAGCUCUUGCCGCUCGUGGCGUUGAAGUGGUUCGCGCGGACUUGACUGACACCACGGCCCUCAAAGCAGCAUUUGCUGGAUCAUACGCCAUUUUCGCAGUCACAAACUUUUGGGCCAUUGAGACUCAGAUGGGCAUCAACAUGGUAGACGCGGCAUUAGCCACCGAUACGCUACAGCAUUACAUUUGGUCGGCUCUUACAGACGCAUGUACAGUCAGUGGUGGUAGAAUUAAACCUCCGCAUUACGAUUCCAAGGCCAAAGUCACUCGAUAUAUCCAAUCUAAGCCAGAAUUGUUGGCAAAGACCACGUUCGUGUGGUGCGCCUACUAUGCGACAAACUUUGCGGGCUUAACUCGACCUAUCUACGUCCCAGCCACUGGUCAAUAUAUCCAGAUACAAGCUACUCCAUCCGACCAACCGAUUGCCUGUAUCGGAAACACCCGCUCUAAUUUCGGAAUAUUCGUGGAAGCAGCGCUCGCUCAACCGGACAAGACUCGCGGUGGACAGACUGUGUUUGCGUUUGUGGAGAGCACGACUCUAGGAGGCCUGCUGCAGACUUGGGCGGAAGCACAUAAUGUCAAGGCCACGUAUAUCCAGGUAUCUCGUGAAACUCUUUUCUCUGCAUGGCCUAUGGAAGUUCAAGAGUUUACGGUUGGGAUGGAGUUUUGGGAUAUGAUUCGGGAUAAGGAGUGGACUGGCAAGGACAGCUUUCUGACGUAUUCUGACUUGUGGAUAGACGUUACGACGUUGAAAAGUGUGAAAGAAUCUUUUGCAGAGUUGGAGCUCUAG